GCGCUUGCGCAGUGAGGUGAUGGGGAUUUCCAGCAGUAGAACGGAAAAGCUUGGAGUUUGUAAAAAAAAAUGCACAGCAUCAUCGUGAUCGUGCCCUUCUCUGCCUGGUGACCUUGAACUCACUACUUUUGGUUAAAUGACAGGGCAGAGGCUAGACCUCCGGACGCAACUCGGGACCACCAAACUGUGAACCACCAGCCCCCUCUGGCCAUAUUUUAUUCCGCACAUUUGCCCUGGAGAGCCCACAUGGACUGCCAGCUAAUAAAAUAACCAGAGAUGCCCAAAUGCAGAGGGUGGUCCUACAGGCAAAAGCCUAGCCACCCCAAUUAGCCUAAACCAGGAAGCAGUUAAGUUCAAUACUACUACCAAUCCCCUCUCGUCUGAAGAAUGGUGACGGCUUCUUGAUUGAGGCCAGAGGCGUGUUCUUGUGUGUUUCUCAAAAUCCUCAGCGGAGUCUAUUUGUGUGUGUACUGAGAUGGCGGCAGAGAGGGGCUGCUGAGUGUCGUCCCUGUCCUUGGCAUGAUAGAGGGAGUGAGGGAGGAGUGUCACGGCUGAGCAGUUCACUGCUGCACCGCCAAUGGAUGCUAAACUGCAAGAGGACCUGUUCCGGAGGUACGUGGCGUGCCUGGAGAGGCGGCUGGAAGACGGAGGGAGGAAUGCGGGUCCUGGGAGAGGCACCUCGCAGGGGGGCAGCGAGGCCCUACUCUCCACGGCCACGGCCCUGCUGGGGGCCUACCAGCCAGACCCGGGCCAGAGGUUCCGCAUGGUGCGCUUCUAUGAGGUGGUGGAGAAUGCCAUGCGCUGCCUGAGAGGCUGCAGUCUGCGUGGCCUGGAGAGAGCCUUCCACACCCUGGAGACGGUCUGCACCAACUUGCUGCUCUUCCCCUGGAAGAAAGAGUUCCGCUGCAUCAAGACCUUCACGGGCCCGUACGUCUACCACCUACAAGCUGCGUUGUGCGACGGCGAUCUCCGCUCCCUCCUGCGUUCCAUGGGCUACUCCCGCGACCACGAGCUCCAGUUCCACGUCCGGGACCACCCUGGUGGGCCUGCCCACCUCCAGCAGCUAGCCUUCGAGCUCUUCCUGGCCCAGGCUGAGUGUCGUCUCCUGGGGGAGGUGGUGGCUCUGGCCCGGGGCUCGGCCUCUGAGCUGGAGGCCCUGGAGCAACGGAGGGGCUGCCGGGACGACGCAGCCGGCUGUGCCGAGGUCCUCCGGCGGCGGGACAGCCUCGGGGCCGACAUGGCCCGGCUCUCUGUGCGACCGGUGGACAUAGGUCACCCUCACCAUCUGAGAAGAGGGGGAAGGCCGUCCAAGUCAGUGGAUGUGACGGAUGGAGCUGGGCAUUGGCACACAGCCAGUAAGCCUGUCCUGAAAGCCUCUCUGAGCCUGAGGAAGGAGCCUCUGUUUGUGGAUGCAGAGGAGGACAUGAAGGAUGAGAUCAUCAGGCCCAGCACCUCCACAUCCAUGUUUUCUGUGGCUGCCCCGCCUUCUUACAGCCCCUUGGCUGACUUCUUCCCUAUCCAAUCACCGCCCUCGGUUGAUGCCUACUCCUCCUACCACCUCUCGUCAUUGGAUGAGAUUGAUCUGUACACAGAGAGAGGUGGGCCUGGGGUUGGAGGUCGACAGACGCCUUCCAGACCUCCAUCCAGGGAGCCCUGGGAUGCCAGGGAUGGCUGGGCACUCAAAGCCCAUGGCGGACUCUCUUCUCUGGGGGUGAAGUGUCAGGGUUGUGGCCUGGGCUCCUCCAGCCUGGCCUCCUUCCCUAGGUGUGAAAUGAUCCUGUGCCCGGCCUGUCGCGACAUCGACCCCUCCCCCUGUUGCGGCCUGCAGGAGUACCCAACCCCCAAAUCACCCCGCCCCAUGGAUGGCUACCUCCCCGUCAAGGAGAAGCUGUCAGUAUACUCCAACACCCACUCUCCUCACCCCCACAUGCACCCUCAUCCCCUCACCCUCACCCACCAGCACACCCACCCCCACCCCCAGAUGGUGGAGAAACCCCUCAUGGCCACCAAGCUGUUUCCCAGCAAGUCGGUUGUCAUGGCGUCAGCCAUCGUAGCCAAUACUGACCGAGCGAGUCUGGGGGGGUCACGGUGCGGAUUCUGUAACAAACCGGGCGCGUCUCACACCUGUGUGAACUGUUCCAAGGUGUCGUGUGACUCGUGCAUGAGCCUGUACGCUAAAGACUUGUGCACACGUAAAAACCCCCAGCACAGCUUUGUCCCCAACCAUCAGCUCAACUUUAAGUCUGGAACCAUAUCACACCUGGUGUACCGAUGAGCCAGGAACAACGGAGUGAACUAUCUCUCCUUGAUGCUCUCUCGCUUUCCCCUCACCCUUCCCUUGCACUCUCCCCUGCUCUUUCUUCCCUCCCCUCCCGCAUUUCGAUCUCUAUCAGAUGUAUGGGUCUGGAAUGCAUACAGUACACAUGAUCAUAGGGAGUCCUAUCUCUCUCUGCCUUGUAAAAGAUCAUGCUUUUUUAACUGGUUCCUCUUCUUCCUUACCUCUCCACCCGCUCUAGCUUAGUCAUGUGACGUCGUAGCGCUUCCCAAUCCCUUAAAUCUAUUCCUCCUUCAAACGAAACGGGAAAAAGCUGUCCAAACAAAACACAAACGCUGACGUAACUUCUCAGCCGAGGAGACUCCGUUAGAUGUGUGUCGUAGAGAAGACUUCUGGAACUGGAUUGUGUUCACUGAGAAAAAACAAGAACACUGAACUUACACUGGAAUUCAAUAGUAUAUAUUUUCAAUGGUUCAUUCUGUAGAUCAAUGUGAAACUGUUAGUUGGGUGGUGAAAGAGGCUGGAGUGAACAUUUGGUGGGGUGGGGUGGGGGGUUGAUGCUUUAAAGGGAUAUUUUGAGACAGACUAUUAUGACAACUGACCACUAUUUAAAGAACAAUGCCUUGUAAAUUUACCCUUAAAUAUUUAAAGUGUAUGGCUGAGGUUUACAUGCUGCUGUGGAAAUUGGAGAUGUUUCAUUGACUGGUAGAUAACCUGUUUUCUCAUAUCAGUUUCUCUGUCUGUUCCUCUAUCAUAUCACUUACAUAUUCACAACACACCUAAAUCCUCAAUCUCAUUGCUACCACGCUGAUUGUCUCCCAGUUUCUAGGAGGUGGCUGUUGUUUUGAAUAAGCCAAUGAACUGGAGGACCCUAAGAAAUUAAGUCUGAAGCCAGUGACAGUCCCGGAACUAUUUAAGAACUUCACUCUUUGCUACGCUGGCAUUUAGACAUUACAGGUAGAAGUUUCCUUUCUAUGACCAGUUUACCCAGAUGGUAAAUCUCCCAACUGACCUUAGGUUAGUGUUUGUUGACAACUUGUUCCUACUCCCAUUUACAGCAUGUCCAGUGGGGUCUGAAAUUAUUGACACCCUUGAUAAAGAUAAGCCAAAAAAAUACUGUAUAAAAUACUGAGCUAUAUUGUAUGCUGAAAAAAAUGUGCAUACCUAUUUUCAUGUCAAUUAACAAAUGUGUAAACUUGGAGUUUGCUAAACGACAUUGGCACUUGGAUUGUAACUGGUGCUUUGGUCAGAUGACAUUAGAAUAAAGCUCUUUGUCCUCGCACACCAGUGGUGGGUUUGGCGUUGAAAUGAGAAUGCAAAAGCAGAAAAGAACCCCAUACCUACU